CUUGAUUACCUUAUUUUAGAAUGUGAAGUUAAUGCCCAUAAUAUUAGAUUUCUAUUAUCAAAUGCUUUCCAAAAAAGAUAUUAUAUACCUCUAUCAACAUUUAGAAAAAAGUCAAAUACUUACCAAUGAAUAUGCACAUUCUUUAGCUAGUCAAGCAUAUUUACAUAUGCGAAAUAUUCCAUUUAUGCUCAAAAUGAAAGAAAAUGUUGAAUUUAUGACUGAACAAGGUGAGGUUCCAUUGCUAAGAUAUAAUGAAAACAUGAUUAUUACUGGUUUUGAACAUAUAGUGAAAUUUGUGAAUUCUAAAUAUCUUGAAAAUGAUUUAAAACUAUGUGAUAUAAAUUAUGAGAAAUUGGCAUUUAUGAAAUAUAUAGAUCACACAUUUACAUUGGCUGAGAUAUACAUUUUAUGGAAAGAUGAGGAUGUUUACUCAAGAUUUACAGCAUUAAGAUAUGGAUUUCCCUAUUCUUUUCCAUUAAAUAAAAUAAUGACCUACAGCAAAAAAAGAUCAUUAUUUAAAUAUUUAAAAGCUCAUGACUGGUUUGAUUUGAAUUUAAAACAAGUAUUAACCCAUGUAAAAACUUGCUGUGAUAGAUUAUCUCUAAGACUGGGAGCAAAUUCUUUUAUUUUUGAUAACAGACCUACAGAAAUCGAUGCCUUAAUUUAUGGUCAUAUAUAUGCAAUUCUUACACUCUCCCCUCCUAUGUUGUACCAAAAGCACAAUGAAGGAUCAUAUGAACAUCAUUCCAUAUUCGAUUCUUUUCAAUUCAAUUCUCGCACAAAUGGGAAAUAUAACUCAACAAAAACGUCUUCAAUUGAUUCAGACCAAAUUUAUAUGCCAGAACAUCUAAGAAAUAUAGUUUUAAGUUAUGAAAACCUUUUAAAAUUAUGUUUUAGAAUAUAUCAAACUUAUUUUGAAAAAUUUAAAAUAAAUGAUAAAAAAAAUUCUGAUAAUUUUUAUCAAUAGAAUUUUUUUAAGCUGUCUAUAAUUAUAUAGAUAAUUAUUAAUCUAAUAAUUUAUAAAUCAUGGAAUAUAUUUUAUUGAAUUAUAUUAUAAAUUUUUUUAUAUACAUUUUUUUAAAUUCGCAUCGAUAAUAAAUAUAUACAUAUUGUGUAUUAUACUAUUUUUAAAGUUAGCAUAAUUCAUAAAAUAAA